UUUUUUUGGCCGAGGACCUGGACCAAUAAGAGCCCAAGUCCAAAUGAGAACCCGAAACUCACCCACGUUGGUGGCGCAGCCGUGACGACCUCAAUAAACCACCGACGACUAUCCUCUGCACUAGUGACGGCAUGAUGGUGCGACACCGCAGCCGAAUCAUCUCCAUUACAGCAGCCAAACUAUGGCUUCAAGGGCACCGCCCACAAAGACACUUCAUCACUUCAAUUACAACCUCUCAGUUGUGAUGAUUACAUUUAGGGUAGUCGUUUGCACAUGCAAUAGACAGAUCUUCAGCAUUCUACCAACAGCCCAAUAUGAAAAGCCUAGAUCAAUGUCAAGGAUCCCACAUCGGUAAACUCCUCCAUCAAUGCAGCAACCCUCUUAGCUCCCCGUCCCUCAUCUGCUGUGACCUGGAGCUGUAACGCCCUUUUGAAACUUGAAACCCGUCGCUGCACUGUAGAUCGAGAGAGAGAAACCGAAGGAGGGUUAAAAUGGGCUUGACCCAUUCUGUUAUUGGGCCGUGGGCCAGUUGACCCAAAAAGUAUUCUCUUUACAAACUCCAGCGUCGGAACCCCCUGGUGUUGGUCGUAGCAGCCACCGCCACCAGCAGAGGAUGAGUGAUUCGUGUUCGGAGACCGUUAGGUUGAUGAAACUUGCAAUAGAUCAGGCAAACUUAGCUAUGGAUGCCCUUGAAGUACCUGUUGGCUGUGUGAUUGUUCAUGACGGGAAGGUUAUAUCCUCCGGCAGGAACCGAACCACUGAGACUAGAAAUGCUACUAGGCAUGCAGAAAUGGAAGCAGUGGACGUGCUUUUAGAGCAGUGGCAGAAAAAUGGAUUAUCAAUGUCUGAGGUUGCUGAAAAGUUCUCAAACUGCACCCUUUAUGUUACCUGUGAACCAUGCAUAAUGUGUGCUUCUGCUUUGUCCAUUUUAGGUAUAAAGGAAGUGUUUUAUGGGUGCUCAAAUGAUAAAUUUGGAGGUUGUGGAUCAAUAUUGUCAUUGCAUCAAAGUAGCACUGACUCACCCUACAAUGAAGUUCCACUGGGAAAAGGGUUUAAAUGUACUGGAGGUAUAAUGGCAUCAGAAGCGGUGCUUCUCCUGCGAACAUUCUAUGAACAGGGAAAUCCAAAUGCUCCGAAGCCCCAUAGGCCUGUAGCAGUAGCUUCUGACAAGAAUGAACUUGAACUUGUACAUGAAUAGUUCUGUCCAGUUAGUUGCUGAUAUGGUUGAAGCUGUCUUUCAAUGUCCAGCACAAGAAGAAUGCUUAAGGCUGACCAAUUAGAAGAAUGUGAGGGAUUUGGAAUAUAAUACUGUUCAUCCAUUCAAUUCAAUGAGAAAGGCUUUGUUUUAGUUUGUCAUUGAUGUAUGAUUAUAGAAUACUUGAUUUUGAAAAAAAAAAGGAAAGAUUUCGUCUGAUUUUAUCUUGAUAAAUGACCCUUGUCACUGCUAUAUAUUGAAAUGAAUGAUGUAAUUACAGAUUUUCUGGGUACCA